CUCCCUACGCCCCUCUCGUCGCCCUCUCCACCAGACCAGCUCAACGCCUCGCACGGGCGGACCUCGACGGGCCCUGAGCUAGGGUUUCCUCCGCCGCCACCUCCCAGUUACGCGGGCGGCCCGUAGCCAUGGCGAUGGCGCAGGCGGGCAUGGGCCUCACGAAGGUCGUGGUCCUCGUCGGCGCCGGCGUCGCCGGCUCCGUCGUCCUCCGCAACGGCCGCCUCGCCGAGAUUCUCGGCGAGCUCCAGGAGAUACUCGACAAGGGGAACAAGGGGAAGAGCGGAGUUGCUGGAGACGCGGAUGCCGAACUCAACGAGGUGCUCACCUCGCAGGUGCGUCGCCUAGCAAUGGAGGUCCGACAACUUGCUUCUUCACGCCCGAUUACUGUUCUUAAUGGCUGUUCUGGACCAUCAGGAGUAUCAGGUUUGAUAGUACCCGCAGCAACUGUAGGGGCACUGGGUUAUGGUUAUAUGUGGUGGAAGGGCAUCUCAUUCUCAGAUCUAAUGUAUGUCACCAAGCGCAACAUGGCAAAUGCUGUUUCAAGUAUGACUAAACAUUUGGAGCAAGUGCAGAGCUCCCUUGCUGCUGCUAAAAGGCAUUUGACUCAGCGCAUUGAAAAGUUGGAUGAUAAAUUGGAUCAGCAAAAAGCUAUAUCUGGACAGAUAAGAGAUGAUGUUACUGAUGCACGACUGAAGCUUGAGACUAUCGGUUCAGAAAUUAAGAACAUCAAAGAAUUGGUCUGGGGUCUGGAUGGGAAAAUUGAUUCAAUGGAAGCCAAACAGGACUUUUCAUGUGCCGGUGUGAUGUACCUCUGUCAAUUCAUAGAGCAAAAUGGUGGAAAGCUGCCGGAACGCCUGGAGGGCCCAAAAGUGUCUACGAAGCGUUUUGGAGGUCAAAAAUUCUUACAGGGAUUGCAACUGGCGAUAGAAUCAGGGAAUUAUGGUAAGGAAACCAUUGAUUCACUAAUCAACGACUCUGAUUCCUCUGAUAAGAUAAACAGGUCGGGCUCCAUCAAAUCUGUCAGCUAAUUAUUCCCCGGUUGACACCAAGGGUAAAACAUCUAUCAAGAUUUGAUGCCCCUCGGACUUAUUGUAAAGGGUAUUCAUUACAAGUGAACAUGUAAAGAGCUGCAGCCUUUUCUAAAGUUUAUUUGCUUGCAGGAAGUGCUGUUUGUCUAAUCUGCAAGCUUUGUGCAAAUGCUAGUAGUUGCUUCUUAGGAAAUUAGGCCAUGCUUAAAUUUUGUGGCUUUGCAUUGUGAUAUGAGAAUUUGAGGCAGCACUUUGCCGUAAAUAAAUGGACUACACUCUGGUUGGCUUGUGACUGGACUUGUAACUUCGAAA